GUUCACAUCAACGUUCUCGCGCACUGCAGUCCCUACUUCCAAGCCGCCUCGAAGAAAGAGUGGUGGAUCAUACAAGAUGGCCAAACAUUCAUGUCGCUCGAAGAUGAUCCUUCAACCUUUGCAAUCUACGUCGAAUGGGUCUAUGCUGGCCGUAUCUGGCGCAAGACGCAGCCUCAUGAUUUCCAAGACACCGAGUUCCUGGGUUUGGUCCGCGCCUGGAUCUUGGGAGACAAAUUCUUGGACCAUCGGUUCAAGAAUGCCGUGGUUGACUGUUUGAUUGCCAAAAUUGCCGAGGAGGGCCGUCUGGACCUCACCUUACCCCAAGUAGUCUAUGACAACACGCUCCAGGAUGCCCCUCUAAGACGCUUGCUAGUCGAUCUCUACGUCUGGCACGGACACAAAGACUGGGUGGUCUACCCCACCACAACAGAUUGCAAACCCGCUGCUUUCCUUUCGGAUCUGUCAACUGCCUUGUUUGAGCGCCACAGCCAGGCUGCAUUCCUCAAGGACCAAUGCCCGCCUUUCAACCUGUGCAUGUAUCACAUGCAUCCUGAAGGAGAUCUCAAUGCUCGUGGAUGUACUUCAGUGCACCCUCGGGAGAUUCUUGCUGCGGAGUCGUGA